AUAUGCAGUGCUUUGAUGUGGAUAUUACCGCCUCAUAUACUGCUAUUGCUGUAUUGCUGCUUAGUGAGACCAGCAACCCCACUUCCAUCAUGAAUCCUGCAAGGGUGCCACUUCCAACACUCACCAUAUGGAGCAGCUGAGAACAAUAACGAGGAUAUUAUGGGGCCCUCCCAAACCCUCCAUACUAUCUACCCUCCCAGUCGAGAUAUUGUUCAUAAUCGCGGAAUUGGUUAAUCUAGAAGAUGUCGCGCGCCUCAGGCAAGCAUCCAACUUCCUAGCCACUGCUCUAGAACCAUACCUCUACGCCCACGCAGCAACACAUAAACUACCGGGCAAGUCACGAAUGGUUCUGGACUGGGCCGCUGAGAAGGGUCACAUAUCCGUCCUCGAGAAAAUCGACAAAUACGGGAACCAAAACGACAACAAUCACCACGCUAGAACUACUAUCCCACCCAAAUGCAAAACCCGAGCACUCUCCCACGCCGCAAAGCGCGGACAGACAGACGCAGUAGCUAUCCUUCUCCGGAUGGGCGCAGAGAUAAACGACACUGUCGCAGUCGAAGACAGCUACCAAUGCCCAGCUCUCCAUCGGGCCGCGAAGCACGGACACAUUGAGACGGCGACACUCCUGCUCGAUCGCGGGGCAGAUAUCCAUAUUCGAUGCAACGCGAGCGAUUCAGCGGCACUGGAACACGCCGCGCGGCUUGGGGAGCAAGAGAUGGUUCUGUUACUCCUCGAUCGGGGCGCUGAUAUCCACGCACCCGCGCUCGUAGCGAACGCUGUAUUCGCGGAGAAUAUAGAACUCGUUCGGGCCCUGCUGGAUAGAGGCGCCGCGAUUGAUGAUUCGUGGCAUUAUCGGCGGUCUGCUAUUCAUUGGGCUAUGCCGUAUGGGAGGGUUAAUAUGCCGAUGUUGAAGUUGUUGCUUGAGCGCGGGAUUGACCCCAAUGUGAGAGAACAGGAGCGUGGUGAGACGGUUUUACAUUGGGCUGCGUAUGAGGGAAAUGUUGAGGUCGCCGCGCUUUUGCUGGGGAAUGGUGCUGAUCCUGAUGUGGCUAAUCAGCAGGGUAAAAGACCGUUACAUGCUGCCAUAGAAGGGCCCAGUAGCCAGAGUGAUAGGGAGACGAUUAUUCGGUUGCUUUUGGAAGCUGGAGCGGACCCUGUCUGACGGCUGUCCUAACGGGACUCCUGUUGAUUUAGCGAGGCGUUUGAGAGUACAGGGCACUAUCAUAGGUCUGCUGGAGACAGACACUCGAACUGUGAGAGAAUAUUGCAGGUUAAUAAAGUCACGGU